GGGACAAGGGUGUAAAGAAAAUGGAUUGAUGGAUGGAGGUACUCCAUGCAAAAAAUGGGGUCACCCAUUGUGGCUUCAGAAUCAGGACAACUUGUUAUAACUUAUUGAAUCAUUGAUUAGUUCUCAACUAAAAACUCCUGACAAAAAUGUAUGACCACUGGUUAAUGAACCUAAACACUUAGUUAGGCAGCAGAAAAAUGAUCCAAAGCACACCAGUUCAGACUUAAAUUUACUUGAGAUAUCAUUGCAUGGCAUUUCAAGAAAACCUUCCAAUGUGGCUUAAUUGAAUCAAUUCCUAAAAGGAGGUUUAGGCAAAGUUUAUCCACAUGUAAGAGACAAACUAUUACAGGGGUGAAACAGAGCACAACCAUCACUGCUAACCAGAUUGUUGAAACACAAUAAUAAAGUUUCUGAAGGAUGGCUGAACACUAUGUAAAUGCAUACUUUGCAUGGCAUCUGGAUCCGCCUUGAUGUGGGCGGACGCAUUACCAACUACAGAUAAAUUGAUAUUCACUCGUCUGUGUUUUAUCAGUCAAACUUAACUACGGACUAACCAAGAUCAGACAAGAGAGGCUUUCAAAAAGGUAUCAGGACAGCCAUGGAUACAAACACGUCCAUCCAUCAAAUCAACAACACGGAGGAGUCCAUGUCCUCCUCAGACUACUAUGCAAAUCUGAAAAAAUCUCUACACAUCUUGUCUCUUUGUGUUUUCGGCAUGGCGUGUGUGCUUGGGGUGUUUGGAAACGGACUGGUUAUCUGGGUGGCCGGCUUCCGCAUGAAAAAAACUGUUAACACAGUUUGGUUUCUCAACCUAGCUGUGGCUGACUUCCUCUUUACGGCCUUCCUCCCCCUGAGCAUUACAUACCAGGCUUUGAAUUUCCACUGGAUGUUUGGGAAGCUCAUGUGCAAGCUGAACGGCACAGUAAACUUUCUAAAUUUGUACGCCAGCGUCUACACCCUGGUGGCGAUCAGCGUGGACAGGUUGGUGUCCGUAGUGUGGCCGGUCUGGGCUCAGAUUCAUAGGAACGUGAGGAAGGCUUCCUAUAUGAGUCUGUGUGUUUGGGCAUUUGCUUUGACUCUCAGCCUUCCGUCCUUUGUCUUCAGAGAUACUGAAAGCUACGAUAACAUUACCAUCUGCUACAACAAUUAUGCUUUCUCCAAUAAUUAUACCAAUCCAGAUGUGAUUCAACUGCAACAUUUUCGCCAUCGAUCUAUGACCGUUACCCGUCUUCUCCUGGGCUUCAUCAUCCCCUUCAGUGUUAUGGUUUCCUGUUAUUCCAUCAUAAUCCAUCGCCUCAGGAACAGCCCCACAUUGGCCAAACGAUCAGGCCGCCCUUUUAGGGUAAUUGCUACCAUCAUUAUUACGUUUUUUCUGUGCUGGGCUCCCUUUCACAUCAUGACGAUAGUUGAGUUGAAAAGAUUUGAUCCAAACAGCCAAAGCGAAACACUGGCCCAUGUCAUCGGCAUCGGGAUACCACUUGCCACAUGUCUGGCCUACAUUAACAGCUGCCUGAACCCGGUGCUGUAUAUAUUCAUAGGCCAGGAUUUCAAGGAUAAAAUCUGCAAAUCCAUCCUGAAGGUGUUGGAGACUGUAUUUCAGGAAGAUGAGAUCCACACUUACACAAAAUCUACCACCACCAGCGAAAACAAGAGAUUUGACCACAACACUGAAUUGUAGAAAUAGCACUGAAUUUUCUACACAGCUGAAAGGAUUGGACAACUAUUAUAAAAUCCCUGCUUUAUUACAUUAUAAUUGGGUCUGAUUAUCAAAAACAUUGAUGUGAUGUAUACAAAUGACUACUUAAGAGAAGGACAAAAUCAAAUAAACAUUUCUCAUGACUGAUAUUUUGUAAAUUUGACAUGUGCACUUGCAUUAUGCUAUUAUCAAUCGACCAAGCUCUUAAUUUUACUGUUAAAUAAAUAUUUUUAUAUAUAAAUUAAUUGUAUUUCAUAUAUAUUCAUUGUAAAUACCAAAGCAAUUUAAUUAAAUGUUUCUUGUACAAUAUUUGAGAAUCAGUUUAUUCCUGAAAGAAAGAAAGAAAGAAAGAAAGAAAGAAAGAAAGAAAGAAAGAAAGAAAGAAAGAAAGAAAGAAAGAAAGAAAGAAAGAAAGAAAGAAAGAAAGAAAGAAAGAAAGAAAGAUACACUUAUUGAAGUGACAAAAACACUGUGUGUGGACACAUCUUGCUUUUACUGAAGUGUGUGAUGUAAGUCCUCAGUAAUAACUGGCAUCUUUCAGAAAUUGUGUAUGGCAGGAAGGUUAUGUUGAAAACACCAGGGUCCUGAAACUGUUAACAGGAAAAGCUUUAUCUAUGUUCAGAUUUUUCCAUCAGAUAAUUGAAGGCUAAAUGUGCCACUUCAUUUUUAGGUGUAAAAAUGAAGCUAUUUCUGCUGUUUGUUUUUCUACUGUUUCAUCUUAACAAUGGGGGAAUUUUUAGAAAAAUCCCCCCAUAGCUAAGCUGUUUGUCAGAAAAAGCAAGAUUUAUUUUGGUCCUUAACUUUGUCAGUUUUAUUAUUGUCAAUGAGGCUGUUUUGUUGGCACGAUUUUGCUUGUUAUUUUUCUUUGAUUCCAGAGGAGACUGUUUAACUUUUUACAUGUGCUAAUCCCAUAAGAAAAACUGAUGUAUUUUAUUUCAAUGCUAUGUCUAAUAUAUUGUCAUGUACUAACUCUUGAAUAAAAUCAUUGAAUGUGAUCAUUUUA